CCACACGGAAAAAACAUGAAAGACUCCGGCGAUGUUAAUGACAGCAAUAAACUGCGAGCAAAGGACCUGGAGCUCCUAACAAAGCGUUCGUAACAGCGAGCAGGAACUGUCAUGCUACUUUAGCAACGUUUUAUAUAAAUUUUGAAGAUUUUUAAGCUGUGAAUGAGAUAAUGGAUGUCAUGUAUAUAGUCGCGUUAUUUGCACUGAUCACAGCCCAGUGUGUUCGGGCGGUGCCGCCCAACUUUGUGUUGCUGUUCGCCGAUGAUUUGGGUUACGGUGAUCUGGGCUGUUUCGGACACCCGAGCUCUCUCACCCCGAAUCUAGACAGACUAGCAGCGAACGGGCUCCGUUUUACCGACUUCUACGUCACGAGUCCCGUGUGCAGCCCCUCCAGGGCAGCGCUGCUGACAGGUCGCUAUCAGACUCGUUCCGGCAUCUAUCCGGGUGUGCUGUAUCCAGGCUCAAAAGGGGGUCUCCCACUUAAUGAGACCACUAUUGCAGAAGUGCUGAAAUCUAAGGGUUACACCACAGCCAUAGUGGGAAAAUGGCACCUGGGUGUUGGUCUGAAUGGCACUUACCUCCCCACUCGACAUGGCUUUGACAAUUAUCUCGGUAUCCCGUACUCACACGACCAGGGUCCCUGUCAGAAUCUCACAUGUUUCCCUCCGGAUGUGAAGUGCCAUGGAUACUGUGAUCAGGGCGUUGUAAGCGUACCUCUCAUGUUAAAUGAGGACAUCAAGCAGCAGCCUGCAGACUUCCUGCAGCUUGAGAAAACCUACAAUGAAUUUGCCUCUCAGUUCAUCAGUGUUGCUGUCCAAAACAACCGCCCGUUCUUCCUGUACCAUCCUUCACAUCACACGCACUACCCUCAGUAUGCAGGUGUAGACUAUGCAGGGAAGUCUCCUCGUGGGCCGUACGGUGACGCUCUGAUGGAGUUUGAUGGCACUGUAGGGAAGAUAGUGCAAACUCUGGAGCAGACAGGUGUGCUCAACAAUACCCUCAUCUUCUUCACUGGUGACAACGGGCCAGAGCUCAUGCGGCAGUCUCGUGGAGGAAGCGCAGGACUGAUGAGAUGUGGCAAAGGCACGACUUACGAAGGAGGAAUGAGAGAGCCGGCCAUCGCAUACUGGCCUGGAUCUAUCCAACCCGGUCUCACCCAUGCUCUGGCCAGCUCUUUGGACAUUCUGCCAACCUUUGCCAAACUGGCUGGAGCUGCGUUACCUGAUGUGCAACUGGAUGGGGUCGACAUGACAAACAUCCUGUUGAAUCGCGGACUGAGCGAAAGACAGACCUUCUUUUACUACCCAACUGAACCAAAUGAGAAGAAUAGCGUGUUUGCAGUGAGAUGGAAAAAUUUUAAAGCACAUUACUAUACACAGGGUGCGUUGCACAGUCUUGGCACGCCAGACAGCAACUGCUCAUUACUUGCCCUCCUGCGUCAUGAUCCUCCUUUACUAUAUAACUUGGAUGCAGACCCUGCAGAAAACUAUAACCUUAAAGGCGCCGACUGGGACUCUGUGCGCAAUCAAAUCCAGGCCGUCAAGGAGAAGUUUGAGGCUUCUAUGGUGUUUGGAGAGAGUGAGAUCGCCAAAGGGAAGGACUCUGCACUCGAGCCCUGCUGCAUUCCUAAUUGCACCCCUAAACCCAAAUGCUGCCAAUGCACUUCUGCACUUUAAUGGAAGCAGCGGCAGGCCAGCACACUGCCAAUUCCCAGCAGCAUCACAACAACAUGAAAUUACAAUUCACAAGCCCAAUGAAAGACUGAUUGUGUUAACAAUCUUCCAUUGAUUUCAUUCUCAAAGCAAAAUGUGAUGA